AAUAUUUCAAUUGAUUGAUAGAUUGAUUGACUGAUUGAUAGUUUGAUUGACUGACAGAUUGAAAUGCAAGAUGAAUCCGGAUCAAUCGAUGUCACUGCAAACUGGCGCCCAACCGCCCCCGCCGCCACCCUCGCACGCCAUUGCCACCGUCUCGGCGGCCGCCUCAGCCACGCCCUCGGCGGUUGCCAUUGCCGCUGCCGCUGCCCCGCCCACCGUCUCCGGUGGCAAUGUCUAUGGCGGCAUACCACCCACCUCCUCCACCACCGCCGCCACUGCAUCCGCCACCGGCAGCUAUGUCUCCAUCGGUAUCCUGCCCAACCUGCCGCCCGCCCAGCUGCCGCCGCUCCUGCUGCCCGCUCCGCCCUCCUCGACGACCACGUUCAAGACCACGCCCCUCCUGCCCAUGCCCACUCUGGAGGACAUUGAGGUGGCCAAUCAGAAUGGCGGACAAGCCGGACAGGUGGUAGUAUCCUUGGCGCAACCUUCAUUGCCGCCGCCCGGAAUCCUCAAGUAUCCCAGUUCGGGUUAUGUCAGUGAUUUGAUGGCGCCACCGCAGCCGCUUACCUUGACCCACCCCCACGCCCAGCUACCACCCCCGCCACCCCUUGGCACCGCCACCGGCUGCAGCAACAUGGGCAGCAACAGCAAUUGCGGCACUUUGAAGAGCAACGCCAAGCUGCUGCCCCUGCAACUGAUGAGCACGACCACGCCACCUGGCCGCAAGGAGCCCCUGCCCCCAGCCCAUCCCCAGGCAGCCUCGAUCCAGGCCCAGGCCCAGGUGCAGGCACAGUUGCAGCAGCAACACCACCACCAACAGCAGCAGCAACAGCAAAAUCAGCAGCAGCAGCAACAGCAACGCAAACGGAAGGGCUGGUGCGCCUGCUUUGGUUCGGGAUCGGGCAGGUCCUCCAAUGCGGGGGGUGGUGGCAGUAGUGAGGGCAAGACUCCGCCAGGAUACGGAAGUAAGGAGAAGAAGAAGCGCAAGGCCAAUACGCAGACGGUUUGGUCAGCACUCCUGACCAACUUGGGUAUUUGCAUGCUGCUCCUGGCCUACACUUUGUUGGGGUCCUUUAUAUUCCUGACCAUCGAGAACGAGGACUCGGCCCUGCUGCAUCAGCAGCAUACACUGGCCAGCACCAAAAGGAAUUUGGCCGGCAUUGGCUUGGGAUUUGGACAACAUCAACAUCGUUCCCCGCAGCAGCAGCAGCAGCGACAUCAAUCGCAUCAGCAACAGCAACAGCAGCAACAUCAGACAGGACAUCAUGGGGACAAUGACACGAUGGCUGGUGCCGCCGCUGCUGUGGCAGCCGCCCAGGGUAUGAUAUCCGGGUCGGAGCAGCAUCCACAACAUCAGCAGCAUAAUCCUUUCGGCGGACCCGCAUCUGGAGGAGAUUUUGUUUACGGCAUCGACGAUGUGGACGAGUCGGGCGGGAUGCCCCAGUUUGCUCUUUCGCCGGACACUUACGACGUCCGUCAGCGGACCAUCGAGAAUAUCUGGGAUAUAACCGUCUCUCUCAAUAUUCUCUACAAGGAAAACUGGACAAAAUUGGCCGCACUUGAAAUAGCCAAGUUUCAAGACCAAUUAAUCAAGAGACUGAACGAGGAUGUUAUGCUGCAAUUAUCGCACGACGAUGUGGCCAAUGCCCCAGCAUCCUCCUCGUCCUCCGCUAGUGGAAAUCCUGGGGGCAACAAUCCGGCCACGGAAGCCGUUCUCCUCCAUACCCACUAUCAUCAUCAUCGUGCCGGUGGGGGCGUGGUUGUGGGCGGUGGACCGCCGCACGAAUGGAAUUUUGCCAAAGCGUUUUUGUAUUCGCUGACCGUUUUGACCACAAUUGGCUAUGGAAACAUUGCACCCCGGACAACGCUCGGCAGGAUCGUGACCCUGGCUUAUGCCUUCUUUGGAAUCCCCCUGACCCUCGUCUAUCUGAGCAGCACGGGCAGUAUCCUGGCACGGGUGGCCCGCGAGGUCUUCUCCAAGGCCCUGUGCUGCUGCCUGUGCUCCAAUUGCGGCUACUGCUGCUACGACGAGAAGAGGAUGGCCGAGAAGGAGCGGAGGAUGAGGCGGAAGCGACAGCAGGAGGAGCUCCGGAAACAGCAGGCGGUGAUGCAGGAACCUUACUAUGUCCGAGAUGUCUAUCAUGCCACGCCCGAAAAGGACGCAGCUGCCGGGGGAGGAGGAGGAGGAGGAGUGCCUGGAGCUCCCCCUUCAGUGCCCACCGGGGGAGGAGCCAAUCCCAUGGGGGCAGGAUGCCCGCAGGGCGAUAUCGACUCACUGAGUGCCAGCGAAUCGAGAGGAUCCAUGCACGGCCUCAGUAUCCUGGCUCCCAUCCUCCUCUGCUUCUCGAUGAUGAUCAUCUAUAUUGUGUUUGGAGCGGCUGUGCUCUACCGCCUGGAGAACUGGCCCAUUCUGGACGGGAUCUACUUCUGCUUCAUGAGCCUCUCGACGAUCGGCUUUGGGGACAUGCUGCCGGGGCUGCGGCGCGAAUCAAAUGCCACCACCUGGUUCUGCUCCGUGUACAUCAUGUCCGGCAUGACCCUGACCGCCAUGUGCUUCAAUGUCAUCCACGAGGAGAUCGUCCACCGGAUCCGGAUCGUAGUGGAGUUCAAGAAGACGAGUGCCGCCAAUUCGGCGGGCGGACUGACAGGUCCUGGGAUGACCACCGCCGCCCCCACCGGCUCCAUGAUGGACGUGGGUCAUGAGGAGGGCGGGCAGUACUAUGUCCCGGCCUCCUGACACUACGAGAAGCGAGGACAUCUCUACCAGCGUAACCCCACCGAAGAGACCCUGGUGACAGACACUCCCACAUCGCUGGUGCUGAAGGACUAUGUGAAUCACGAGCUGGUGCCCAUUUUGACGAUGGAUCCGAACGGUGCUCGGCUCACCCCUGCGCCCGCCUACACGCCCGCCCUCUCCGCCGGCGACGCGGCCACGCCCGGCAACAGUUGCAUCGCCCACAGCAGCGACUCCGGCCUGGGCUACUCCUCGCUGAGCAGUCCGCUCCUCGAUGUCCUCACCACGCCCACAUCCGGCCCGGCCGCCUCCGGGGUCUACACUCUGGCGGAGGAAACGGAACUCGAACUCCAGGAGACGCACCACGACCGAGAAAGAGACAGGGACAGAGAGCGCGAAAGAGAGCGCAUCUAAAAGGGGGGCGCCAACGAGGAUUUUGGGAAAGGAGCAGUAUUAGUUAGAGAUUAGCCUUAGACUUAGUCCUAAACUAGAUCGAAUCGGUAUUAUAUAGUAUAAAGGAUAAUGACUAUUUUUUUUGUAUUUUUUUUCCUCGUGUGUAUGAGUGUGUAAUUGGUACAUAUAUGUGUGUGAAAAUAAUUAAAUAAGAAAAUAAAUAUUUAAAAGAAUCAAGCGUCCCGUUGGACCAGAAAAUAUUCAUAAAUAUUACUCAUAAGUCGAACUAUCACUGUAAAUAAAAAAUAUAUAUGGUAUAUGGGCAAAAAAGAUACAUUUCCAUAGCUCCUAAGCAGAUCAACCGAUUGUAAACAGAAAUCCCAUUAAAAUAUAACAAAAGAAUAUAUAUGUUUAGUCGGAAAUAAAAAAUAUAUUAAUAAAGAAAUAGCUGUUAUACUCAAAGUAAACAGAAUAAGAGAUAUAUGUGAAGGAUGAGAUGACCAAUAAGAUUUUAUUUUCAAAGAAAAUAUCACGUCGUCUUUCCUUCAUAAAUUUUUUUUGGUCAUCUCUUAGAGUCACAAGGACACUUCCAUUACUUUUCGAACAAAGUUCUCCUUCAUCGAAUUGUUCGAAAUCUACACUUCACUUUCAAAUAGAUAAAGUCUUCAUUUUUUAUGUAAGAGAGCCCAGACAACAACAACCACAUAAUCCACAAUACCCAUUACCUAAUCGAGUCACAUUUUAUACGUAAAUCAAGCUUAGAAAAAUUACAUUAUAUGUACUAAAUACCACAUAAAUAUGCCACACAUAAUAUAUAUAAUAUAUAUAUAUAAAUAUGUUUAGGUAAUUGUAUUUUUUUUUGUAAUUGUAAUAAGCGUACGGUGGGGAAAUGAGGAGAAACUUUAACUAUGCAUACAUAUUAUCAAUGAAUUCAAAUUCAUAAAUUUAAAUAAAUGUUUGAACUACAAGAGAAAAGAACAAAAAACCAAAUGAAACCAACUUGCUAAACUUUGUAAAUGUUGAAAUAUACCCAAUUGUAUAUUUAUAACACAUGCAGCAGUGAAAUAAAAUCAAUAAAAACUUAAA